AUGUCCUCAACUGCUGGUCGAGUCGUCCGUGCCGGACAAUCCGCUGUUCGCACCGUCGCUCCAGUCAAAUCCAACAAUUCUGCCGAGGCGCGCAUGUCGGUUCUUCAGGCCUACAAGGAAUUCCAACGCUUGACACCAAAGUUCUGGUGGGACUUCGGACUUCAUGAUAUGCCACUCGGUGUGUUCCGUGCUGUUAUCAAGAAACAGUUCACCAAGAAUGGACAUCUCACCGAUGUUCGUGUUGUUGACAGACUUGUUGGAGAGACUAAUAUGCACAUGGAGUCAAUCCGCAUGGCAUACUACAAUCCAGACCACGUUCGCAAUUACCUCUUCGCCGAGAAUGUCGAAGCGAAGCCAAAGGACUUCCUCUCCAAAUUCCUCAACGGAAAGGAAUAA